AUGCAACUAUCUUUAUUCCUUUACUAUUUUAUACUACAACUUCCAUUCACUAUAAGUGCACUUCAAGUUAAACGUGCCUCUAGUGACAACCCGACCACCUUGACUUGGCCUGCUCCGUUUUCUUACGAGAAAGAAGAUUGUCCUUUUUAUUGGGGAGACCGGUGUCCCCAAGGUGACAAUUACCCUAAACCUGACUGGGCCCCAAAAAUAAAAACUUUCCAAUACGUAUACUUGAAUUAUGUUCAAGAUAGAGAGGAUUUGUACGAAGUAAUGAUUGAAUUUGAACUUUACACAGAUAACCUUCCAGCAGGAGAUUUGGUAAGUAUAACUUUUAACAACCUCCGGACACCAGAAGAUUAUAUCCCUAAUCCCCAGCUGGCCCUUGCUAAUUGGUUGGAUGCUUCCGAGUCAGUUUCUUCGUCACCUUACCACUUUUUUGUUAAAUGGGUAAUGCAAGCUGAAUAUAAUGGUUAUCAGUUGUGUACUACUCCGUUUCUGAUUAAAUAUCUGUGGACUCCUCAAAUUCCAUCUUUUAAACGUGCCUUGGCAGUACCUAAUGCUGUGGUAGAAUAUGUUCAUGAUUGCUACGGUGAAUACCCUAUUCAAUGCUGGGAUCAAAUUUGUGGUAAGAAGGUAAAUGCAGAACCAUCAACAAUAACCCUGACGCUAGCAAACUUACCACAACCAACUGAUUGCCCUGAUUCAUAUGAGCCAAUGAUGUGUAAUUAUCAAGGUUCCGGGGACGGAUUGGAAAUAUUUAGAUUUGUUUCAGUACAUCAUAUCUCAGAUCUCUUGUAUGAGGUAACUAUUGAGUUUCAACUAAAAGAUUCACUUUAUCCUGUGAGAGAUCUCCAAGAAAUUACUAUUGAUCAGCUAACAACCCCAGGUAAUUAUCUUCCAAACUUGCAGCUUUACGGAAAUGGUAUGGAUCCAGUAGGAGAUUCACCAUACCACUGGUUUUUUACCUUUGUAAUGGAAGCUGAAGAUAUGGGUAAUUUUGUAUGUGCAACGCCCUUCUCUAUUUAUUAUCAAUGGUCAGGGUUUUCCAAAACAUAUAUUCACAGUUGUGGAGAAUUAUUAGAUGGAAUCUAUGAUUUACCACUUCAAUGUUGGGAAAACACUUGUGUUAAACCCUUGCAAGAGACAACCACCGAAUCGGAAAAGGAGUCGUCAACUGAACCUAUAGAAAUCGAAUUGACAGAAUCCUCUGAAGAAACUUCCACUGAGGAAACGUCCACAGAAAAUGAAGAGGAUGAAUCUUUUACCGAACCAGAGAAAGAUUAUUCGACUAAACUACAAUCUGAAUCAUCAACAGAAUCAGGAGAAGGUACAUUUACAGAAUCUAAUCAGGAUAGUUCCAGUUCAGAAGAUUUUUCUGAUCCUUCUUCUGAAAUUAUCACAGAAUCAUGGUUUGAACAAGUCUCAACACCAUAUCCAACCAGUGAGCUUACAGCCAUUUCAAGUGAACCGGGUACUGAUAUAUCUUUCAGUAACAUCCCAACUCAAUUACCCUUCCCAAUAGAACUGCCUAUAGUGCAUCCGGAAAAUCCAAUCGAACUGAAUUCUGAAGACUUGACUGAUCCCAAUACGAACGAACCAACUGACCCAAUGACAAGAGAACCAAUGGAUCCAGGUGCAGAUGACCCUAUUGAAUAUAUUACCGAAGAAUCAACUGUUACACCUACCUAUGAACAUAGUUAUCCAUCCACUGGAGAAACAAAUAUUUUAUCUACUGAUGAAAACUCUUAUCCACCCACUGAAGAACAAACUGAUGAAUCUACCAUUCCACCCACUACAGACAUGUCUCAACCAGAGACAAAAACUACCGAGGAACCAUCCAUAACAUACAAUACAAACCAAACUGGUACAGAAGAACCUACUAGUCUAGUUAGUAAGGGAUUAAGUGAGACUUACUCUGAAGAUCCACCUGAGCUACACUCUGAGUCAUCAACUGUUUUACCUACCGAAGAACCUACCCUAUCAGAAAAUCCAACUAUCCCAAUACUUGGUGAAGUCACUUUCACAGUAAUUCAAUCCUCUGAUCAACCUCCACCACCAUCAAUUGAAACUGUUACUGAAGCAAAUGCCGAAACUAAUAUAAAUCCUACUAUCAGAACAUUCCCUGAAAGUUUUACUUCUGUGAAUUCUGAUCCUCCUCCAGUUACGAUAACUUUGACUGAAAUUAUUACUACUACGAGUAUCGACCCUUCCAACCCAAAUGUCUCAGAAACUUUGAUUUUGACUGUGAUUACAACUUCUAUUGAUGUACCUCAAGUAGUAGUUACCACUACGGUUUCAAGACCAGAUACUACCUAUGUUACUACUAUUACUGAACCAUAUAAUCCUCCUGUCAUAGUUACCACUACAGUUUCAGAGUCUGAUAGCUCAUAUGUUACUACUAUUACUGAACCAUAUAAUCCUCCUGUCACAGUCACUGUUUCAAACCCUGACACUACUUAUGUCACCACAGUUACUAAUCCAUACUAUCCACCACCUACUGUCACUACAAUUGUGAACCCUGACACUACUUAUGUUGUCACAGUUACUCCUCCAUAUGUUCCACCAGGUGUUGUUACUACCAUUACAAACCCAUACACUACUUAUGUUACUACUGGACCAUACAACCCACCAGUUGUGGUUACUACAAUUGUAUAUCCUGACACUACUUUAGUAGCUACUGUUACAGGACCAUAUGUUCCUCCACCAUUUGUUACUACAGUUACUGGUGCUAACACUGUCUAUGUUACCACAAUUUCCUAUCCUCCAGUUUACCCACCAGUCCCAACCGGUUCUCAGCCAGGAGGAACUACUCCAGGAAAUGUCAAUCUCGAACAAGGAGAAGAACUUCAAACUCCACCUUCAGGAGGUAAUUCAUAUGCUCCAGCAAACUCAAAUGAUUCUUCUGCUAAUCUAGAACAGAAUGAAGAACUUCAAGUGCAAUAUCCCGAUGCUAAUACAAAUAGUCCAUCUAGUUCUAAUACUUCUCAAGGUGCUCCAAAUGUACCAGCUAACUUCAAUCCAACUGAGGAUGUAAGCAGACCGGAAAAUCCAAAUGACCCAACAACUAACUCAAACCAGACAGAAGAAUUACAAGCUCCAGUUUCUGGUGAUGAUCCAAACAGUACAGAAAAUGCUAAUGCUCCUGUUGGUAAUCCAAAUGAUCCUUCAUUACAAAAUGACGAAGAAUUGAUACAAGACACAAAGGUGUUCAGUUACACAAGCGCUGUUUCUACAACUAUAGUAUCACAUGGCACCACCUAUGAAACAUCUAUUCCAGUAAUUUAUACAACUACUGUUCCACAAAAUGAAAUUCCUGAUGGUAUUCCUGAAGUUUUAGUUGCAACUGCUAAUCCAACAUCACCAGAUUAUGAUGACACACUGAAUGCUAAUCCAGAUCUAGAAGAAUUGCUUGAAGGGUUUGAAGGUUUAGCCUCUGAUAUUUCUAUAAACACAUUUAUGUUAUGUUUAUGCUUGAUUUCUACUAUAAUAUUUGUAUAAUAAUGUAUAACUGGUAUUUAGUUUAUGUAUCAAUAAAACUACAAUUGAAUUAUUGACAAAGUAAAUGGAUUUAUCAAGAUUAUCUAGCACCUGCCUCGAUAAUUAUAGAGAUUGAGUAAGGUAACCGUCAAAAUGAUGGUUCUGAGUUGGUUAUUAUGAAAACGAUCUAGAAGACGAUUUCAAAACCAGCUCCAUUGAGUUAAUGGCUGCUUCUUUGUUUAUAGUCCUAGUUUUAGAUGGGGUUCUCCAACCAAAACAAAUAACUGAAGGAGUCUUUAUAGAGUACAUCUGGAACAAGAAACGGCAAUUGAUUUCAUUCCUUAGUAAUUUUGCUCCAAGUUAGUAUCUUUCUAAUUAGAUUGUAAUAUAUCGCCGUAAGGUAAACAUCACGAGCCGCACCAAAGAAUGUUGCAUCUCAUAAAAAAUUUUCGAUUUUGUUUGGAACC